CCGAGCUGAAAGCAUCAUCCGCUUUGAGCGCUUAGGCGCAGUGAUUACAUCCUCCCACAGAGAGAUAGAGAGAGACAGAGAGAGAGAAAGUCCUGUUAUUCGCCAGUCCUUUUUAUUAUUUAGUAGAAGUUGCAUUUGUUGUAGAUUCCGGCGGUGCGUCAAUAGGACUUUUUUUUUGUUUUCUUUUUUUUUUCCUACUCGUGUGGAAUUCCCUGUUGUUUUGUGACUUUGUGUGAAGAAAGGGGCUGUCUGUUCCGUGCGCAGGGAGUGUUGGCUAUGCGUCCUGGCUCCAGCCUGCAAUGUUUUGCGCUGACGCCAAAACAGACAGACCGGUGCAGAAUUGAUUAAAAAACAGAGAAGCUCGGAUCAAAUGGCUGUGCUUCUCACAGCUGAAACGACACAAUGUUCCACUGACCCGAGGCAGACGAGAGGAAUUUCACAUUCGGGCAGCCUUGUUGCUGUUUAUUUCACUGCCUUUUUACGGACAGAGGCGAUGGGAAAUGCUCAUUUCUUGUAAGGAAAGGGAAUAAUACUUAUUUUUUCUUUCCCCCCCCUUCCCCAAUCCCCGUCUUGAAGUGCACUUUUGUGAGUGGGAGAGGAGAUGAUUUGGUUCAUUUUCCUGCUCUCCAUCCUGGAUGGAGCUGUCUCUCAGCUACACUACUCCGUGCCAGAGGAGCAGGAACCUGGCUCCGUGGUUGGGAAUAUCGCAGAGGAUUUGGGGCUGGACAUUACCAAACUUUCCGCUCGCCGCUUCCAGACGGUGCCUAGUUCACGGACACCGUAUCUGGAGGUGAACUUAGAGAACGGCGCGCUCGUUGUGAAAGAGAAAAUCGACCGGGAAGAAAUCUGCAAGCAGAGCACCCCGUGCCUUUUGCACCUGGAGGUGUUUUUGGAGAACCCGCUGGAGCUCUUUCGCGUGGAGAUAGAAGUGAUGGAUAUCAACGACAAUCCGCCCAGCUUUCCCGAGACGGACAUUUCCGUGGAGAUAUCCGAGAGCGCCAUCCCCGGGACGCGUUUCCCGGUGGAGAACGCCUUCGACCCGGACGUGGGCACGAACGCGCUCAGCACAUACGCCAUAACGAAUAAUAACUACUUCUACCUUGACGUGCAGACGCAGAGCGACGGGAACAAGUUCGCCGAGCUGGUGCUGGAGAAGCCGCUGGACAGGGAGCAGCAGGCGGUGCACCGCUACGUGUUGACGGCUGUGGACGGGGGCAUCCCGCAGCGCACCGGGACGGCUCUCCUGGUCGUUAAAGUUCUGGACUCGAACGACAACGCGCCCACCUUUGACCAGUCCGUGUACUCUGUCAGCCUGCGGGAAAACUCUCCCGUGGGCACUCUGGUCAUUCAGCUCAACGCCACGGACGUUGACGAGGGACAAAACGGGGAAAUAGUUUAUUCGUUCAGCAGCCACAACGCCCCGCGGAUAAAGGACUUAUUCAACAUCGAUGCCCGGACAGGUAGGAUAGAGGUGGCGGGGGAGGUGGACUAUGAGGAGAGCAACACGCAUCAGAUUUACGUCCAGGCUAAAGAUCUGGGGGCCAACGCGGUUCCCGCGCACUGCAAAGUGCUGGUCAAACUCACAGACGUGAACGACAACACGCCGGAGAUCGGUUUCAGCACUGUGACCGAGUCCGUGAGCGAGCAGGACGCCCCGGGCACUGUGAUCGCACUUUUCAGCGUGUCGGACCGGGACGCUGGCGACAAUGGACACAUGAGCUGCGAGAUAUUAGGAGACGUUCCUUUCAAGCUCAAGUCCUCGUUUAAAAACUACUACACCAUCGUGACGGACGGCCCGCUGGACAGGGAGAACACGGACUCAUACACCGUCACCGUGGUGGCCAAAGAUAAGGGCCAGCCGUCGCUCGCCACCAGCAAGUCCAUCAAAGUGCACGUGUCCGACGAGAACGACAACGCGCCGCGCUUUACGCAGGCUGUUUAUGAUGUGUAUGUGACUGAGAAUAACGUGCCCGGCGCGUUCAUUCACGCUGUAAGCGCUCUGGACCCCGACGUGGGACAAAACGCUCUUAUUACCUACUCCAUAUUGGAGUGCGACAUACAGGGCAUGUCUGUGGACACGUAUGUGUCCAUAAACCAGGACACGGGCUACCUUUACGCGCUGCGCUCUUUUGAUUACGAGCAGCUGAAGGAGUUCAGCUUCAUGGUCCAGGCUAAAGACUCUGGCGCCGCCGAGCUCUUCUCCAACGCCACCGUAAAUGUCAUCAUAGUGGACCAAAACGACAACGCUCCCGCCGUGAUAGCCCCAAUCGGUAAGAACGGCACAGCCAAAGAGCACCUGCCGCGCUCCGCGGAGCCCGGGUACCUGGUGACGCGCAUCGUGGCCAUGGAUGCGGACGACGGCGAGAACGCACGGCUCUCAUACAGCAUCCUGCGGGGCAACGAGAUGGGGAUGUUCCGCAUGGACUGGCGCACGGGGGAGCUGAGGACAGCCCGUAGGAUCUCUCCCAAGCGGGACCCGCAGGGUUACUACGACCUGCUGAUCGAGGUGCGGGACCACGGGCAGCCCCCACUCUCCUCCUCCGCGAGCGUGAGCGUGGUGUUGGUGGACAGCGUGGUGGAAGGCCGCAGCGGGGACCGGGGCUCGGCAUCCAAGGCCAAGGAGACCUCCCUGGACCUGACCCUGAUCCUCAUCAUCGCCCUGGGCUCCGUGUCCUUCGUCUUCCUGCUGGCCAUGAUCGUGCUGGCCGUGCGCUGCCAGAAGGACAAGAAGCUCAACCUGUACACGUGCCUGAUGGCCGGCGACUGCUGCCUGUGCUGCAGCGCGUGCUGCAGCCGGCAGGCCCGCGGGCGCAAGCAGAAGAAGCUGAGCAAGUCCGACAUCAUGUUGGUUCAGAGCACCAACGUGACGUCAGGGGUCGGGCCCGUGGGCCAGGUGCCCGUGGAGGAGUCCGGGGUGGGCGGCGUGGGAGGGGGCUUCGGCUCCCACCACCACCAGAACCAGAACUCCUACUGCUACCAGGUGUGUCUGACGCCGGAGUCCGCCAAGACGGAUCUGAUGUUCCUGAAGCCGUGCAGCCCCUCCCGCGGAACGGACACGGACCACGCCAACCCCUGCGGUGCCAUAGUCACGGGUUACAGUGACCAACAACCGGACAUCAUAUCCAACGGCAGUAUUCUUUCUAAUGAGGCAAAACACCAACGAGCAGAACUCAGCUAUCUGGUGGACAGACCCAGACGUGUCAACAGUUCGGCUUUCCAAGAGGCCGACAUCGUCAGCUCCAAAGACAGUGGUCAUGGCGACAGCGAACAGGGCGACAGUGACCACGAUGCCACUAACCGGGGUCAUUCGGCCGGUGCCGACCUGUUCUCUAAUUGCACGGAGGAGUGCAAAGCCCUGGGCCACUCGGACCGCUGCUGGAUGCCAUCCUUUGUGCCGUCCGACGGGCGCCAGGGGCCGGACUACCGCAGCAACCUGCACGUCCCCGGCAUGGACGCCACGCUGCCCGACACUGAGGUACCCUCCUCCGUCAACCUGUCCGACCAACUCAGCAUGACCGCGUCCACCGCCUCGGCCAACGAUAGGUCAUUCUCCACCUUUGGCAAGGAGGGGCAAAGGUCACAGUCACACCACAGCCUUCACCAUCACCUCCAUCAGCAACAGCAGCAGUACAGCUCCAGCACGCUAGAGAGGAAAGAGUAUGAUAGGGGGACCCUACCGUACAAAGCCACCUUUCUCUCCCGCAAAAGGAUUUGCUAGCUCGUUCCACGUGGACCUGUCGGAGACGGCGUGAGUCUCUGUGCUCGGACCACCAACACUGAUGCCGGAGACGGCGACAUUGAACUACACAAACAGCAACCCCGGACAGCAGCAACCUUGGUUAAGCUUCAUUAUCUUGUGUGGCGAACUGUAACAAAGCCUUGGCAGCGGUCGCCGAGGGAGGAGAGGAGAACUAAAAUACUGAGUAGCUGUAAACCACUAGGUAUCUGAGGAGCAAUCCAAGGCCUUAUUCCUCUCAGCAGGACUGAAAAAACCCCCCCACUCUGACAUGUGAACAUUAUAAAGUCAUCAGCAGACGGAUGAGAGGAAGCGAAAUAAAGAGAGGAGUACAAAACAUGAAGAAGAGGGAGCGAUUGACUCACAGAGGUGGGUUGUGUUUCUUUUUCUGGACUGAGGAGUUAGCCUCUAGAGAUCUGUGUGUGCCUGUUUACAUGAAGAAAAAAAAACUAAUGUUUCUGUACAAACUUCACACGGAACCCUUUAGCUAUUUCUAUGGUCACCACUUAGCCAACUGUACAGAGACUGUGUGUGUGUGGGGGGGUUGGGGGGUGGGAAUGGAGACUGACAGCCAGAGAGACUGGGCGAGAGACCGACUAUUAGACAGAGAGAUGGAGCAGGUGUUGUACAGGUAUAAAAUGACACAGGAAAAAAAAAAAAAAUUAAAAAAAAGGGGACGAGCAGAGGUGACGUGCAGUAAUAUAAAAUUCUGUAUCUCCGGUUUUUUGACUUGACUGUCUUUAUAUAACUUCUCUUUUUUUUUUUCGUUUCUGAUGUUCUAUCUGUGUGGUUAAAGUGUGCAGACUCUAAAAGUAUUCCAACUUACCGACCAUGAGACAGGAAACACGCUGUCGGAGCGUGGAGCCGGGUUCAGUCCUCUUUCAAGUUUAGCCACUUCAGGAAGGAGAUUUUAGCAAAGUACGCUGCGUAGAGAAAAAGGAGAGAAAACCAUCCUCGUUUUCAGUUUCUUAAUACAAUAUUACAAAUGAAUGUUCUCAUUUCUAAACUAGUGACUAACAGCUCUAAAGCUCCUUCCUGAGCUGACUGCAGAGAAAGUGAAAUGUCCCUUUACCAGGAUAUGGUUCCUUGAUUGGCCUAUACAUAAACAAUCAGACACAGUCAGUGGUUUUUAUCAUGUGUGCAAAGUGUUUACCGUGCUAUUU